UAGCGGAAGCACGAUAUCAAGCCGCACGCACCAGGUAGUACACACAGAGAAGAGGAGUACUAGGUAGAGAGACGCUUGGCUCCGUGGCUCGUUGGUUGAUUGCUUAAAGGCCACUUGAUCGCUGCUCGAUCUGCUGCCUCCCUCGCGCGCGCGCACCGUACGUGUGUGUGUGCAGUAGUUCUCGGCACGCUUCCCCAUAUAUACCCCCUGGAUCGGGCGCCCAGCCGGCCGCCUCGAUCGACAGAGAGAUCGAUAGACAGAUACACGCCGGCAAGGGCAACGAACCCAGCGGCAGGUAGCUGCUCGCGUGUCGGGCGGGAAUGGGACGGCACGCGUGCUCUGCCGCCGGUGUCCAGCAGAAGCUGCGCAAGGGGCUCUGGUCUCCCGAGGAAGACGAGAAGCUCUACAAUCACAUCUACCGCUACGGCGUCGGUUGCUGGAGCUCCGUUCCCAAGCUCGCAGGGCUCCAGAGGUGCGGCAAGAGCUGCAGGCUGCGGUGGAUCAACUACCUGCGCCCCGACCUGAAGCGGGGCAGCUUCUCGCAGCAGGAGGAGGACGCCAUCGUCGGCCUGCAUGAGAUCCUAGGCAACAGGUGGUCGCAAAUCGCGUCGCACUUGCCGGGGAGGACGGACAACGAGAUCAAGAACUUCUGGAACAGCUGCCUCAAGAAGAAGCUGAGGCAGCGCGGCAUCGACCCCAGCACCCACCAGCCCAUCUCCACGGCUGCUGCUGCUGCGGCGGCGGCAUUGGACACGUCGACGCAGGACCAGAAGCCGCCGGCCACCGCCGACGGCUUCGCCCUGAAGCAGCAGCAGCAGGUGUUCGACCCGUUCCCGGUGAUCGACAGCUUCGGCAGCGGGUUCGACGCCACGGGCAUGCCAUUGUACGGCCACCUCGGCGGCAAGGACGCGGCCGGGUUCGUGGACUACAGCAGCGUGCUUGACGUGUCGGAGAACCUGGGCUACGGCGAGAGCUCCAGCAACAGCAGCAACUGGAACUGCGGCGUGGGCGCGCCGGAGGUGAACAAUGCGCUCGAGAGCGAGCCGCUGCAUUGGGCCACCGAGAGCAAGGUCGAGCCUUUCGUGGGCUACGGCGAGGGGGACGCCAUGGAGCACAAGUUCGGGCUGCCCUGCCAUGGGCAGCAAGAGCAGGGCAUGACACAUUUCGACUUCGACGUCAGCCGGAGCAUGGUGGUCGGCGACUUCAACUUCGAGUACUUCCGAUGAGGUUCUUGUGAAUUAAGCCAUUAUCGUAUAUACAAUAUUCUUCCAAGGCAUUUUACACAGAGGGCAUGACCAACCGGGAGAGUAGAGACUGUACUCUGUUAAUUUUCACUAGUCCAUACUCCUUAAUUAACACCUUUUUAUGAUUUCUGCAUGGGUAAAAAUAUAAAUAAAGGGUAUAGAAAUGUGAACACUGUGUAGUUAAUUACUACUAUGAGAUUUUGUAAGAAUAAUUAAGUUUCUUACACUUGUACUCUGUAAGUUGCUGCCACUGGGAGGACUGUGUAACGUGUAUUCCUCUCCUGAAGAAGGAACAAUCAAGGUUCUCACUAAUUGCUUGCCCAAGUCGCUA